CCAUUUCUCUCACCACGCGUCCUGCCGUGAGACAGAUCCUGUACCGAGUCUCCCGCCAGUUGUUUCUUGCGAGGUUUUAAUCCCAGUUUCGUGUACAGUAUUUGCUUAGUUUUGACCCAACAAACCUUACAGUGAUCUGGAGUACUUUUGCUAAAACCAUGGCCACAAAUAUCAGCAGCCGUUAUGACAUCGCCAGUGGAUCAAAAGGUGGAUCUGACAGCAGACUUGCCACCACAAUACCUUACAGGUGUGAGGACUGCAGCAAGCAGUUCGAUCAGCUGGGUCAUCUAAAAACUCACAUGCGAACUCACACUGGGGAGAAACCCUACAGGUGUGAGGAGUGCAGCAAGCAGUUUAGAACAUCAAGUCAUCUAAAAAUUCAUAUGCGGACCCACACAGGGGAGAAGCCCUACAAGUGUGAGGAGUGCAGCAGGCAGUUUAGUCAGCUGGGUGCUCUAACAACUCACAUGCAAACUCACACAGGGGAGAAGCCCUACAGAUGUGAGGAGUGCAGCAGGCAGUUCGGUCAGCUGCUUCAUCUGAAGAGACAAAUGCGUACUCACACAGGGGAGAAACCCUACAGGUGUGAGGAGUGCAGCAGGCAAUUCAGUCUGCUUGUUGCUCUGAAGACUCACAGGAGGACUCAUACAGGAGAGAAACCCUACAAGUGUAAGGAAUGUAGCAGGCAGUUCAGUCAGCUGGGUGCACUGCAGAAACACAUGAGGACUCAUACUGGGGAGAAACCCUACAGAUGUAAGGAGUGCAGCAGGCAGUUCAGUGAGCAGUGUUCUCUGACAAAACAUAUGCAGACUCACACAGGGGAGAAACCCUACAGGUGUGAGGAGUGCAGCAGGCAGUUCGGUAGAUUUGAUACUCUGAAGAGCCACAUGCGCACUCACACAGGUGAAAAACCUUAUAAGUGUGAGCAGUGCAGCAAGCAGUUCAUUCAGCUGAGUCAACUGAAGAAUCACAUGCGGACUCACACAGGGGAGAAACCCUACAGAUGUGAGGAGUGCAGCAGGCAGUUCAGUCGGUUGAGUCUUCUGAAGAGACACAUGCGUACUCACACAGGGGAGAAACCCUACAGAUGUGAGGAGUGCAGCAGGCAGUUCAGUCGGUUGAGUCUUCUGAAGAGACACAUGCGUACUCACACAGGGGAGAAACCCUACAAGUGUGAGGAGUGCAACACGCAGUUCAGUCAUUUGAGUUCUCUGAAGAGACACAUGCAAGCUCACAAAGGGGGGAAACCCUAAUUUUAAGCCACAAGAAGUAUAGCAGACAGUUCUGUUGACAUGGUGGGUUGAGGGUACCGAUUUGGGCUAACAGAAGGAGAGAUGUGUGAGGACAGCUCCAGUCAGUUGAUUCAGCUUUCAGUAAUUAAAAGAGACACAUGCAAAUACACACUGAAAAGACCUUGAAAGUUGAAUUUCUAUAUAGUGGGGCUAACUUUUCAAGUUGACUGGUUGUUUGAGAUACAAAGCAAACUCCAUUUGUCAAAAGUGCUGAAACAUUGAGAACUGGGGAUUUUGUUAACUAGGUGCCAACUGCAGCGAUCACAAUAUAUAUUAGUUUAACAUCAUGUGAUAUCUAUCUUUUUUUUUAAAUUCAGCAUUGUGAAAAGUUAGAAACAGUUCUUGAAGAUACACAUGUGCCAAAAAUAUAUUCCUGAUCUGUAGUAAUAUCAACCUCCUUGUUUCAGACAUGUAUAAAAACUUAGCACAUUGAAGCAUCAUUUACAAACAAGUGUUCUUCUAUAGAAACAUAGGAACUUUUUUGUGGCACUUCUUACACUAGUUAUAGUUUAUCUGUUUUAUUUGAUUAGUUUUAGCAAGGAGGUUAACCUUUUUUUUUAACCUGCUUGGUUUCAGCUUCUAGCUUAUGCAAAUUUGUUUAUUUCGUGAUAAAUAUUAAUCUUCAACUUAUAGGACACGUAUUUAGUCUACUAACUCUAGUAACAGAUAGCGAUAUGUAGCAUGUUUAUUUGCUACAUCUAUUUCCAAACUAGCUAUGUUAUCACGUUAUUUACUUUUGCGUUUUUUAAAAGUUCAACAGGUUGAAAAAUUAGAAACUGUUCUUGAUGAUACAUAUACAUGUGCCAUUAAUGUUUUCCU